UGACAUUCUUUCACUUGGAGGGAGUUGGGGAGAAGAGAAUUUCUCUUCUCAACUCUUGCCAACUUUCAGUUGCCAUGACUUCUGCAAAUAGCUUUGUAGUUCAUAGGAUUAAUCCACUAACAAAAUUUAAACCCUCGUUGAAUCUUCCAGUUAAGGGUUUAUCUCAAAGUUUCUGUGAAUAUCACAAGAAUCUGUGUUUGUUAAAAGGAAAUAGACGAGAUUGGGGUUUUAGGGCAAUUAAAACAGAUGAGUUUGAUGUGAUUCCAGUUCAUAGUAGUGAUCAACAAGAUGGGCUGGUUUCUAUGGUUGAAAAAGAAAUGGAAGUAGAGAAAAUGAAUCAAGUAGAUUUGCUUGUUAAUGAUGGAAUGCUUUCGUUUGGAGGUGGAGAAAUGCAAGGGUUUUCUUCUUCUAGUGUUAUUAGUUUAGAGGGGAAGGAGGAGGAGAAACAAGAAGAGGAUAUUGAGAAGUUGAUAGAUAGGUCAAUUAAUGCUACAAUUGUUCUUGCUGCUGGAACUUUUGCUAUCACCAAAUUGCUUACAAUUGACAAGGAUUACUGGCAGGGAUGGACACUAUUUGAGAUACUAAGAUAUGCACCCCAGCACAACUGGAUUGCUUAUGAAGAGGCUCUUAAAACAAACCCUGUCUUAGCUAAAAUGAUGAUAAGUGGGGUAGUCUACUCUUUAGGAGAUUGGAUUGCACAGUGCUAUGAAGGGAAACCAAUUUUUGAAUUUGACCGAGCACGUAUGUUCAGAUCAGGCAUUGUUGGGUUCUCUCUUCACGGCUCGCUUUCUCAUUAUUACUACCAAUUCUGUGAGGCUCUUUUUCCUUUCCAAGACUGGUGGGUUGUCCCUGCUAAAGUUGUAUUUGAUCAAACCGUGUGGUCGGCUGUUUGGAACAGCAUUUAUUUUACGGUAUUAGGAUUGUUGCGUUUCGAAUCCCCAACUACUAUUAUUGGCGAACUGAGCGCAACCUUCUGGCCCAUGUUAACAGCUGGGUGGAAGCUCUGGCCUUUCGCGCAUCUGAUUACCUACGGUGUGGUCCCACUAGAACAAAGGCUUCUUUGGGUUGACUGUGUUGAAUUAGUAUGGGUAACUAUACUGUCCACCUAUUCGAAUGAGAAAUCGGUAGGAAGGGUAGCCGAAGCAUCCCUAGAGACAAUACCUGUAUCACAGUCAGUCGAUCUUCCUAAGGAGUGAUGAAAUGGGAUUAUGUUCUAUGGUCUGAAGUUGCCUAGAGGGCGAAGACCAUCAAUACUGCUCGGGUGAUGUGAAGUCGGAAAUAGAAUAUCCUGGAAGUAAGAUUGGACAGACAAACCCACUAGUUAAAUUUCAUCCCCCUGUAACUCCUUCCAUCAUAGCUUUAUAAGUAUGUAUGUUGUCUUUUACACAUCUGUAUUUGCUCACAUUGUCAUAAUUGUAGAGUUGUAAGUGCUGUUAAAUGUUCCCUUGAGUAGCAAAUCACAAGUACAUGUCUAUCAGUUAGUCUGUAACUAAUAGUUGUAACCACAUAGUCAAAACGUCAAAUAAUAAUUUAGUUUAUUUGAAACUGUGAACAACAACAAAUUCUUAGUUCAUUUUCAAUAAUUUUAUA